AUGGAUUCCGCCGCCGACGGCGAGCCCACCAGCCAGGGCGAGAUCGUGCGGCGGUUCGCGGCGAUGCGCGAGGAGGUGAACGCGAUCUGGGGCAAGAUGACGGAGCUGAGCAGCGAGAGCAGCGAGCACGACCAGGUGAUCCGGGCGCUGGAACCCAUGGCGGCGGAUCGGAAGUGCUUCAGGCUGAUGGGCGACGUGCUGGUGGAGCGCACGGUGGGGGAGGUGCUGCCCGCUGUGAAGAAGAACCACGACGGCAUUCAGCAGGUUCUUCGGAGCUUGGCACAGCAGCUGGAGACCAAGCGGAAGGCGCUGACGGAGUUCCAGACCAAAUACAAGAUCAGAGUCAAGGGCGAAGACUUUGAGGAAGAGCAGGAGGGAGACAAGGGCAGUGGGGCCACCAGCCAGGGUGUGCUAGUGUCUUCCAGCUGA